UGACCCAGAGUGACCCCACAAGAUGGCGCCCGGCGGCUCGUUUGAUCAGAGUCGGUCAGCCUAAAUUUUUUUCCGUACAGUUUUAGCCUUCAUUUGGGAGAUUUCAGUGCCAAGGAUACUCUGAAGCUGUUGUAAUCAAGACAGUGUCAAGAAAUUCUGGACGAUGUGUACCGUUGUGAGCCAGAAGUCGUCAGGUCUGAUGGACCGAGCCUACCAGCAGCUGCAGGUGGUGCAGCAGUCACAGCUGGCGCUGGGCUGGAGCGUGCUCAACUUGGCACUGGCUGGGAUCUUCUGUGCAGAACUUGUAUUUGGCUCCAUCAACCAUCUGCUGUCCUUGACGCAUCCUAUAGUUUGGUACACAGAGUGUGCCUUGGCCUGUGUGUUCCUGGUGAACUCCAUAGUGGACCUGGUGCGGUUCCUCCGACCGGGCAUGUUGUCACAGCCGGUAGAGAUGACCCCUCAGCAGCGCCGCCUACUGGGAGUCACAGGAAAUGUGCCUGGGUUUCGGACCUCCCCAGUGAAGCCCCUGUCACCCCGUGAUGAGAAAAAGAGUGAAACAGAGUCCCCUGUCCUGCUGCCCACCAUGAGUGCCAGCCUGACCCCUGUGAACCCCUCCCCACCCCAGCCCAACCCACUCUACAUGUCCUCCCCCUACCUGGGGGGCAGCGGCACCCACUACUCCCCUGCCACGCCUCCCUCGCGGCCACCCAGCGCCGGCUCUGGUAUCUCCCCAGCAUUGCGGGACAUUUCACUGCUGGACAGUUCAGGGUCACGGUUACGUCACCGAUCAGCUCCUGUGUCCCCUGCCCAGAACUCUCCUGUGAUUCCUGAGGAGGACAUCAGGAACAUGGAUGACCUACAGAACUACCUGCAGCAGUUUGAAGAGAGGGAGAUGAUCAACCAGCUGGGUGGAGAUACCUCGCCAGGUGCUAACCCCACCAUGUGGAACUACAGCCGGUCCUCGCUGGACUACAGCCAGGUGCUGCGCCGGUACCAGUACCAGAUGGCCAGCCGGUCCCCCCAGUCCACCACCACCCACAGUAAGGACAGUCCAGACCUGCCAGACUCCUAUGGGGCUGACGAGCAUGUCUGGGGCAAGCUUGGGGUAAGGCGAGACGAGCUGGAUGCCUGGACAGCUAACUUAAGAAAGUGGAUCUCCCAGACGAUCCUUGUGCGGCUGGUGAGGGAGAUCAACAGAAUCAACUCAGCCAUGCGGCGGAUUGGCUGUGCCGAUGUCCAGGUGGGAGAUGUGAGCCUCAGCUCCCUGCGCCAUGUAGCAGUAACCAAGCAGCAGUAUGUGCGCUCGCUGACCAGCCUGCUACCGUACCUCGACAUGUCCUCCAACCAGGAGUACCUGGUCAGCCGGGUCAAAGAGCUGGCCCAGGGAGGAAGUAUGAGUGAAUUCCGGUGGAACUCAGGAGGAACCUUCAAGAACAGGAAGUGGGACCAGGACCUGCCCACAGACUCUGCUAUCAUCAUGCACAUGUUCUGUUCCUACCUGGACUCCCGCCUGCCCCCCCACCCAAAGUUCCCGGAUGGUAGAACCUUCACAGGACAGCACUUCAUCAAGACUCCGGAGGAACCAGAGAAUCGUGGGUGUUCACUUCGCGGCAGCGACAACCUGUUGUUGCACCAGGCCCACAUCAACCCUCCGCACUUCACCGUAGUGGUGGGAGACCAUGCCUACCAGCUGCACAGGGGGCGCUGUAACCUGUUCCACGCCAUCCUGCUCUUCCUGCACCGCAUCAGGACGAAGGAGUACGGCAUGCUGGGGCAAGUGAACCUGGGACCAUCGGGUGUCAACCUGCUUUGGAUCUUUGAGUCAACAUGACCACAGAUUGACAGACCCUGUAAGAUUGGCAAUGGAGAAUCCCUCUGCUGGUUGUUUAGCCCGUAGACCUAAGGAUAGGCAGCUACACUUGGACAUUGAGAAUUACAUGUAGAAACAUUAAGCAGUGAAGAAAAUGGUAUUUACAUAUAUUUCAAGGAAUUCAUCUAUAAGAUUCAUCUGAUAAGUUGCCAUCAUGUGCAGAUCCAUUUUGCAAAAGGUAUUCUCUAUUUUUGUGAUAGCCAUAAACAGACAGAAAUGUAACUGUACACGUGUUCAAGAUACCUUUAGUACAUCCAACUGCAGUGAAGACCUCUACAACUGUGGGUCGUCUAUGUUAUAUUUUACGGUGUAUAUAGUACAUGUAAUUGGAGAGGACUGUGCAACUUGUGCUGCUUGUUACAUGUACAUGUACGACAGAUAUGUGCUUACUUAGUAGACAUGUACAUUUUUGUAUGAUAAUGUUUGGUGUAGGGGCUCAGUUGCAUGGUACAUUAUUCUCUUGGGGAUUUGUACACUUUUUAUAAUUCAAAAGCGUUAAAGACAUGCGCAGGAAAGGGUUUAGAAAUUUCUGUAUGAAAUUAUUAUUUAACAGGAAUGUACAGUUUCCAUUGAAUGUACAUUGUAUUUAUGCAUACCAGGCUGAUUUUUCGUUUGUUUAUUUCGAUCUCCAAUAGACUGA